UAUUGCACUUCUACUUUCAAUUAAAUCCCUAGAAUUCUGAUCUCACCUGUUCUUGUCAAAGUUCGAAGAAAAUUGGUACACAGAUCAUUUACAGGCAAACAAGAGAAGGGCUAAAGCAUCUCUCGGGUAGAAUCGUCUCGCGCUCAACGAUCCAACAGGCAUUCCAUCAGGUAGAUGUCCCCAGCCAGCAGGCGAAUCGCCCGAUUCCGUUUCUCUACCUUUCCGUUCAAUUCUUCUUCCCAGGGCGCUUCCUUCUUCGCCGGAUUCUCAUCGUGUCCGUGAAACAGGUAGUGCAUCUGUAGCAUCUGCUGACCUGGAGAGAAUUCUGUCACCCCUUGGAAGAAUUGUGGGGUGUUUAUUGGUGUAUGCUAUCGACCGUGCUAGUCAACGAAAAUGAGUGUGAUUGGUUUUGAUAUUGGUAACGAGAACUGUGUUAUUGCUGUGGUAAAACAAAGGGGCAUUGACGUGUUGUUGAAUGAUGAAUCAAAUCGUGAAACACCGUCUGUGGUUUGUUUUGGGGAGAAACAGAGGUUCCUUGGAUCAGCAGGUGCCUCUUCUGCUAUGAUGAACCCAAGGUCUACUGUAACACAAGUAAAGAGAUUGAUUGGAAGGAGGUUUAAGGAUCCUGAAGUUCAAACGGACCUGAAAAUAUUCCCAUUUGACACGUCAGAAGCAAAGGAUGGUGGCAUUUUGAUUAAUUUGAAAUACUUGGGUGAAACGCAUUCAUUUGCCCCUGUUCAAAUUUUGGCAAUGUUAUUUUCACAUAUGAAAGACGUGGCAGAGAAGAACUUGGAAAUGCCGGUUGUAGACUGUGUGAUAGGAAUACCAUCAUACUUCACUGAUUUGCAGAGACGGGCAUAUUUGGAUGCUGCUAAAAUUGCAGGUUUGAAGCCUUUGAGACUGAUGCAUGACUGCGCUGCAACUGCACUUAGUUAUGGUAUCUAUAAAACAGAUUUCUCUAGUACGGGGCCAACAUAUGUGGCGUUUAUUGACAUUGGUCACUGUGAUACUCAGGUGUCUAUUGUAUCAUUUGAGGUUGGGCAUAUGAGAAUAGUAUCACAUGCUUUUGAAAGCAACUUGGGUGGGAGGGACUUUGAUGAGGUUUUGUUUGGUUAUUUUGUGGCUCAGUUUAAGGAGCAGUACAAGAUAGAUGUAAAUUCUAAUAUCAGGGCUUGUAUAAGGUUAAGAGCAGCAUGUGAAAAGUUGAAGAAGGUUCUAAGUGCAAACUCAGAGGCACCCUUAAAUAUUGAAUGCUUGAUGGAUGAAAAGGAUGUUAAAGGUUUCAUCAAGAGGGAAGAAUUUGAGAGGCUGUCAUCAGCUUUGCUGGAUAGAGUUUGUAUUCCUUGCAAGAAAGCUUUAGCUGAUGCAACCAUCACUGUGGGAAAGAUUCACUCAGUCGAGCUUGUGGGAUCUGGAUCUAGAAUACCAGCAAUUGCUAAGCUAAUAACUUCUUUAUUUGGAAGAGAACCCAGUCGGACAUUGAAUGCAAGUGAAUGUGUGGCUCGUGGGUGUGCUCUGCAAUGUGCAAUGCUUAGUCCUGUAUUUCGUGUAAGAGAAUAUGAUGUAGUUCAAGAUUCAAAUCCUUUCUCCAUAGGGUUCUCAUCAGACGAAGGCCCAAUUCGCACACCCUCAUCAAAUGGCAUAUUAUUUCCUAGAGGCCUAUCCAUUCCAAGUACCAAAGUCUUGACAUUUCAAAGGAGUAGUCAGUUUCACUUGGAUGCUUUCUAUGCCGAUCCGAAUGAACUUCCAGCGGGUGUCUCUUCCCGGAUAUGUACUUUUACGAUUGGUCCUUUACAAGGCUCCAAUAGUGAUAAGGCAAGGGUUAAGGUUAAAAUCCAGCUAAACCUCCAUGGUAUCAUCACUGUUGAGGCAGCUAUGGUUGUUAGUGGUGAUGGUGAUGACGUUAGUAUGCAGUCCCCAUCUUCCGAUGCUUCAGCUGAUGGUUCGAGAGAUAGAGGCAACCGUAGGAUCGAGAUACCAGUGAGUGAAACUGUGUAUGGUGGAAUGACAAUGGCUCAGCUUUCAGAAGCCCAUGAGAGGGAACUUCAACUCACCCAACAGGACAGAACUGUGGAACAAGCCAAGGAAAAGAAGAAUGCACUGGAGUCGUAUGUCUAUGAGAUGCGUAAUAAGCUUUUUAACACAUUGCGGAGCUUUGCUAGCGAUGAGGAAAGGGAGGGAAUUUCAAGGAGCCUACAAGAGACGGAGGAAUGGCUUUAUGGAGAUGGAGAUGAUGAAACUGAGAAUGCGUACACGACAAAGAUGCAGGACUUGAAGCAGUUGGUGGAUCCAGUUGAGAACCGAUACAAAGACGAGGAAGCUAGAGCAUAUGCCACAAGAGAACUGCUCAAUUCCAUUGCAGAGUUUCGAGCUUCAUCAGAGUCUCUUCCGAAUGAGGACAGAGAACUGAUGAUGCACGAGUGCAAUAAAACAGAACAAUGGCUGAGAACAAGAACAGAGGAACAAGAAUCCAGGCCCAAAGACAUUGACCCCGUGUUAUCGUCCAGGGAUGUCAAGCACCAAGCAGAGGCCCUUAACUCGACAUGGAAGCAGAUACUAAGAAAGAGGGCUUCACCAGCUAAUUCAGGAGACAGCAAGGGUUCAGAUCGGUAAAAGCAACAAUGGUCAAAGCAAUGGAAGACUCUAGCAGACAGCAGUUUCCCAUUAACGGGAUCAAAACAUUCCACAUUGUGAUACUGAUCCUUGAAAUUUUGCAUAUUUUCAAAGAUAUAGAGGUUAGAGAAAGAAAAAACAAAAACAUGAAAGAAUCCAAGGAAAAUUAGCCCCUAGAAGAUGUCAUCUCUUUACCAGUUUCUGCAGCAACUCGCUACUGCAAAUCCACAGCAGAUCGUAAAAACCAAGUGUCGCUGAAUGAAGCCAUGGAGUUAACCUGGAGUUUGCACGUUCUAUUGGUUUCAUUGUGGACAGAAUCACUAAGGAACUUGGAUUUGUAUGAUGUAGAAUCUACAGACAUUGUGCCGAUUGAUUCUUUGAAAACUUGAGUGAUUUUGUGUGCUCUCAAUUUAUCUGUCUUCUUGCCCAUUUGUGCACAACUCUAUAAACAAAUGACAUCACUGAAAAGUUUCCGACUUUCUGGAGACAGGAAAUUAUGAGUAUGGGAAUGGAAAGAGAAUCGAAUUGGAUGCUACAUAGUUCCCCAAGCUUCAAGCUUUCUUUCUCUUGCUGGUGGCUUUCUUUCUAGUCUUUCUGUAUCCUCCACUAUCCCUUUUGAAAUGUCUAUAUGCAGCUUGCCCAGUAAGCUCCUGACCGUUUCUGGAGACAUAAACCUUUCUUCCUUCUGGAGAUGUAAACCAAUGACCAGCAGCAGCUUGACCACUUGCCUGAACUCGUCGUUUACCGGCAUCCUUUGGGAGACCUGCACUGGUUCUAGGGUCCACCCAACCUUGAGAAGCAGCUCCUUUAGCAUCGGAUUUCCUUGCUCUCUUUCUUCCUUUGCUUGUUGAUCCCUUGUCCAUGUUGCUUCCGCCAGUUCCCUUGUCUUGAGGGGUUCCCCCAAAUUGACUCAUGUAGUCGAUAACUGAUUCACUUGGCAGCAGAUUCCCUCGGGCUUUAACCACGCCAAGGGGGAAGAAAUGGGGCAACCGGUCGUGUACUAUGCUCCGAAUCCUGGCAUCAUCGUUGAAGAAAUAGUGAUGGGCUGGAGGAAGAGGGUCAUCUACGUUCCAGCAUUGCUCAAACUCCCCCAUGGCAUUUCGAUUCGGAUCAUGACCUGCUCGUUGAGUUUCACGUCUAUUCGCGGCAGCAUCCUUAUCUUUAACAGACUGGAAGUACUCGUUGCAGAAGUCAUCUAAAGCAGGUGUUGCAAUCCGAACAUUCUGCAUCGGACUGAAGUCCUUCCACAGGUCCUCGAUCCUUCGAUUGUUCCCUGAUGAUUUUCCACUAUGCUCAGCGGAUUGUGACCCGACACGUUCAGGCUUUCUGUUCACGUUAUUGCCAAUGAGAGUAGGCUCGUCGUCAGAAUCAAUCAGCUGAAAUCUUCUGAGAGGACUGGUAGUCAACUUCGGGAACACCAACCCACUAUGACCCGUCUCUAAGCUUGAUGAAGCUGGUGUCUUGAAAGCCAGCCCCUUUCCCUUUGCCACUGACGACUGCCUUGAUGAUUGACCGGUUAACACUCCGGAUCCACGAAGCGUAACUUUUGAACCACUGCUGCAUACAGAGCUGUGCUGUCUUGACGGAAGCAAAUCUGCAAUUCGAAGGAAAUGAUACAAUUUUGAAGAAAACCCUAAUCUCUCUCCCCCACCCAAUCGAGAUGCUAAUGGUCUGAUUC